AUGGCUCUCGACCGCCUCAAGCAGGCAGCCUCACACCUCACGGGGCAAGUCGCACCCCCUCAUCCAUUCGAUCCCCUCUCAGAGCUCGAGAUCGAAGCCGCAGUAGCACUUGUCCGCAAAGAACACCCCGAUGUCUUCUUCAACGCCGUCACGCUCUGGGAGCCGCGCAAGGCCGAAAUGAUGGCCUGGAUCAAAGCCCCAGAAGUAGCACCCAGGCCGCACCGCGUCGCAGAUGUAGUGUGCAUCGGGCGCGGCAGCAAAGUGUUUGACGCUCACGUGUCCCUGACUGAGUCCAAGAUGCUCAGCUGGGAGCUGACCGACGGCGUGCAACCUUUGAUCACCAUGGAGGACCUACAGAUCGUCGAGACCAUUGUCCGCAAAGACGCAAAGGUCAUCGAGCAGUGCGGGAUCCUUGGUAUCCCACCACAGGAAAUGCACAAGGUGUACUGCGAUCCCUGGACCAUUGGCUACGACGAGCGCUUCGGUACCAAUGUGCGCCUCCAGCAGGCGCUGAUGUAUUACCGCCCACAUGUCGAUGACAGCCAGUACAGCUUUCCGCUCGACUUUUGCCCCAUCUACAACUCGGAUACCCAGGAGAUUAUCCACAUCGAUGUGCCGCCGGUCAGGCGGCCGCUGAACACGGCGCCGCCGAACAACUACCACGCUGCUGCGAUUGAGAAAGAGGGCGGGUUUAGGACCGAUUUGAAACCCAUCCAUAUCACGCAGCCCGAGGGUGUGAGCUUCAAGAUGGAUGGAAGGUAUGUCAGCUGGGCGAAUUGGAAGCUCCAUGUUGGAUUCAACUACCGUGAGGGUAUGGUCCUGAGCGAUAUCACUUUCAACGACAGGGGCACGGUGAGAGACACCUUCUGGCGGUUGUCGCUCGCGGAGAUGGUUGUGCCGUAUGGAAAUCCGGAGCAUCCUCAUCAGAGGAAGCACGCGUUUGAUCUCGGCGAGUACGGCGGCGGUUACAUGACGAACUCGCUGAGUCUGGGUUGUGACUGCAAGGGCGCGAUCCACUACAUGGACGCAGCAUUCGUCAACCGCGCUGGCCAGGCCACAACGAUCAAGAACGCCAUCUGCAUUCACGAGGAAGAUGCCGGAAUCCUAUUCAAGCACACCGACUUCCGCGACGACAGCGUUACAGUGACGCGCGCCCGCAAGCUCAUCAUCUCGCACAUCUUCACCGCCGCCAACUACGAGUACUGCGUGUACUGGAUCUUCCACCUCGACGGCACGAUCCAGCUCGAGAUCAAGCUCACCGGCAUCCUCAACACGUACGCGAUGCUCCCCGGCGAAGACCUCAAGGGCUGGGGCACAGAAGUCUACCCCGGCGUCAACGCACACAACCACCAGCACCUGUUCUGCCUGCGCAUCGACCCAAACAUCGACGGGCCCAACAACACCGUCUUCAUGGUCGACGCGGCGCGCGGCGACGGCGAGGUCGGCAGCGCAGAGAACAAGUACGGCAACGCGUUCUACGCGAAGAAGACCAAGCUCAGCACGCCCGAGCAGGCGGCGACGGACUACAACGGUGCCACGAGCAGGACGUGGGACAUGGCCAACGAGAGCAGGCUCAACCCGUACAGCAAGAAGCCCGCCAGCUACAAGCUGGUGAGCAGGGAGGUGCCAGAACUGCUGCCCAAGCCCGGCGGCCUGGUGUGGAAGCGCGCAGGCUUCGCGCGGCACGCCGUGCACGUCACAAAGUACGACGACGCGCAGAUCCACCCCGCCGGGCGCCACGUCCCGCAGACGUCGGGCUCGCCCUCGCAGGGCAUACCGGCGUGGAUCGAGGCCAACCCAACCGCGAGCCUCGAGAACACCGACGUCGUGCUGUGGCACACGUUUGGACUCACGCACUUCCCCGCGCCCGAGGACUUCCCCGUGAUGCCCGCCGAACCGAUGAGUCUGCUGCUGCGGCCGCGCCACUUCUUCACCAGGAACCCGUGUCUCGAUGUGCCGCCCAGCUAUUGCAGUGUGCCGAGCGGUGUGAGGCAGGGGAGCGCGCUGGUGGAUCGCAUCAGCAAGCUGGCGUUUGACGGGGGGGAGGGGGCUGCGCAGGGGAAGGCGGAUGGGGAGGCGUGUUGUGCGGGGGGCAAGAUUGGCGCCGGACAUGCGCUCGCAACGCCCAUCGGCCGCGACACCGCCAUGCCCCGCGCCUUCCCGCCCGUGAGCGCCCACGCAGACGCGCCCCAUGGCACGUCCCGCGCGCCCAAGUCUGCGCUCUCCGCCUCGGUCGUAGAAAGCGUCGCCGGCUUCAGCGCAGGCGUCGUCUCUUGUCUGGCCGCGCACCCACUGGAUCUGCUGAAGAACCGGCUGCAGCUCAAUACGGCCACGCGCUCGCGCCUCGGCGACUCGUUCCGCAUCCUGCGCAACGUCGUGCGCGACGAGGGCGGCGCCAGGGCCCUGUACCGCGGCCUGUGGCCCAAUCUGCUCGGCAACAGCCUGGGCUGGGGCCUGUUCUUCCUGUUUUACGGCAACAUCAAGGACGCGCUGCGGCGGCGGAAGAGGGACGGCGAGCACCUCGGCAGCGCCGACUUCUUCAGCGCGAGCAUCAUCGCGGGCCUCAGCACGGGCUUCUGCACAAACCCCAUCUGGGUCGUCAAGACGCGCAUGCUGGAGCGCGGCGCGAACCACCCCGCAGCCUACACGACGAUGCGCGCCGGCCUGGCCCAUGUGUACGCCACGCGCGGCCUCAAGGGGCUGUGGGCGGGCUUCGUGCCGAGCAGUCUGGGCGUCCUGCACGGUGCGGUGCAGUUCUCCAUCUACGAGACGCUGAAGAAGCGCCGCAGCCAGUCUCUGGCCGGUCCCGACAUGCUGUCCAACUGGGAGUACAUGUACAUGUCCGGCGCCUCGAAGCUGCUCGCGGGCGCCAUCACGUAUCCCUACCAGCCCAUCCGGGCGCGGAUGCAGCAGUACGAGGCCGCCGCGCGGUACAGCGGGCUGUGGGAUGUGCUGCGCAAGACGUACACGAACGAGGGCUUCUUUGCUUUCUACAAAGGCGUCGUGCCCAACACGUUGAGGGUUGUGCCCACGACCGUCGUCACGUUCCUGGUCUAUGAGAACACCAAGAUCUACCUCCCGCGGCUGUUCGCCAAGGACGAACAGCUGGCGCAUGGCGAGGAUUGA